AUGUCGCGGUGCCAGGCCGUCGUCCGGCCGCUCGCCCGGCAGCUGCGCCCGCAAUGCCUCUCGCGGCCCUUCACCUCCGCCGCCGCCCGCGCCGCCGACGUCCCGCCCCAGGCCGAGACGGCUUCGACUCCGCCGCCCGCGGUCAACCCGCUCGACCUCGAUCCCAACACGGUGCUGCCCGAGUUCGAGGAGCAGCUCGUCAAGGCCGGCAAGAUGCCAAUUGGCUCCCGCCGCCGCCGCGUCGCCAUGCGCACCACCACCGACAUUCCCUUUGAGCACCUGCCCUACCAGGCCUUCCAGGAAGCCCGCAAGAUCCUCGCCGCCGACCGCGAGCAGAAGCUGGCCCAGAUCACCCAGACCCUCAACAAGAUUUCGCUGCUGGAGAAGAAGGACGACGCCGAGGUCAAGGGCGGCCUGGAGAGGAAGAACAUAAAGCUGGCCAGUCUGCGGAGACAUGCCGACGAGCUCAAGAUUCUCGCCGACGUCAACGACCCGAUUGUCAAGAAGCGUUAUGAGGACGGACUGGGCGACAUGAACAAGCCCAUCUACCGCUACUACGCCGAGAAGAAGUGGCGCUCCUACGACCACCGCCUCAUCACCCAGCGAAUCAAGCAGUUCAAGAUCGUCCCCGACGUGCUGCCCAAGCUCGAGCCCUCGGCCGACGUCCAACUCUACUUCCGCAAGCUCAAGGUCCCCCCCGGCACCAUCGUCGACAGCCUGGUCAGUGAGAACCCCCCGCGGCUGCGCGUCCAGGUCUUCAACAAGGGCGAGCGCAUGGUCUCCAUCGUCGUCCUCGACUCCGACGUCCCUGACCCGGAGAACGACGGCUUCACCAAGCGCUGCCACUACCUGGCCGCCAACAUUCCCCUCGACCCCACCGACACCUCCCUGCCCCUCAGCAGGAUAAAGGGCGAGGACCAGCUUGCCGUGCCCUGGCUGCCCGCCUUCUCGCAGAAGGGCGCCCCCUACCACCGUCUCGGCAUCUACCUCCUCGAGCAGAAGCCCGGCCAGAAGGUCGACGUCGCCAAGCUCAAGGAGCUCUACGCCAGCCGCGACGGCUUCUCCCUCAAGUCGUUCCGUGACAAGUUCGGCCUCCAGCCCUUCGGCUUCAACCUCUUCCGCUCCGUCUGGGACGACAACACGGCCGCCGUCAUGGCCCGCCACGAGAUCCCCGGCGCCGAUCUCGAGUUCCGCCCCACGCGCGUGCACAGCCUCAAGCCGCCCGUCAAGCCUCGCGGAUGGGAGGCCAAGCGACAAGGUCCCAAGUACCGCCACCUGUGGAAGUACACCAAGCGGAUCAGGGGCGUUUCCAACGCAAAGGGAUGGACGAAGAAGAGGUGA